AUGUCGCUUAAGAGAAAACAAGCUAGGACGGAAUUGGCUAAAUAUGAUAUCAAUCAUGUUUAUACACCAUCUGAAGUAACUAAUUUACCAUCCAUUGAACAGUUGGAUAAAUUAAUAUCCAGCUUGGAUAAAGCUAUCGAUAACUGCUCUUCUGGAUUAGAGGAACAUCGGAAAGCGUUUAUGAGUUAUAGUACUGCAAUCCAAGAUCAUGGCAGAAAAAUCAAGACCAUCCGUGAUGUUACUGAAUUUGUUCGACAUUCCAAUUUUAUCGAAAAUAAUACGUGUAAUGUCGAUCCUCAAUUAACAGUUACAUUCUUAAAAAAAUUGAGAAAAUUGUUACGUGAAAAUCGUGGCAAUGAAGAUGUUGUUCUCAAUGAUCUUCUAGAAUUAGCUGCUGAUCAUGGUUUAUCUAUCCCUUCUAUCUUGACGGAUGAAAAUGUCGCUAAUGCGGACACACAAUCGCUAAAUUCAUUAAACACGAUUCAGAGUGAAAUGGAAAGUGAACAAGGUGUGGUUUGGGAAAGUAUCAAGCAGCACUUAAAAUUAUGUUUAUUUGAGAAGUUACGCCAGUUACCAAUUGUCAAUGUAAAUGAAAAUAUGCCGAAUAUGUCAUUUAUCAGUCAGCGAAGACAACAUUAUCUAGGUAGUCUACUAAUGUUAUUAGAUAAAGGUGAAGUAUUAGAGCAAUAUCAGCGUAUAAGAUGGUGGCAAAUGAAACACGUCAUUGAUAGUAUUAACACCAAUCCAUCAGUAUUACCUAUUAGUGAAGCACAAAGCGGACAACAAACACAAAUAGCAAAAUUAAAAUUCUAUUUCGAUCAUGUAACCAAUUGUACACAUGAAGAUGCUGCGGUAUUAAUGCCGCUCUUAAAUCAACACGAAGACUUAAUCGAUUGGUAUAUUAGAACAACGUAUGUGGAAAAAUCAUUAAAUGAUGUCCACGAUUGGUUGCAGCAUUCCUUAAAUGGCUAUCUUAAUAGUACUGAACAAACAGCUAUGGAUUUUGACGAUUUAGAAUUGAUAUGUGACAUAUAUGCGAUUGUAUCUCAAUCUGUUAAGACUAUCACCGAUAUGUUAGAACUAUGUGCAGCUGCUGAUAAGCAAAGCCAUCAAAAGUUAUUACUGAGUGCAGGAUCUGCCUCGAAAUUAGAAUCGCCAACAACUAUAUUAAGUAGAGUAUUUAAACCGUAUGUGCAGUUAAUGGCUCAAGCUUUAAUCCACUACUCGAAUAUAACUAUUGAACAAGCCACUCAGGCUGAAAGCCAUUUAACAUGGGAUAAUAUGACUGUUACUGUCAAUGCUACAUAUAAUCUAGAUUCUCAUCAUCAACCUAAGGUUAUCUUUAAGGGCUGCGCUUCAUUGUUUAAAAUUUGGGAUAAAUUUUUACCGAUAUUAACUAACGAUUAUGGAAAAAUAUAUACUUCUCUUAAAGUUGUUAUUGUGGAUGUGAUUUGCCAAAAAGCUAUUGCUGAUAUGUCUCCUAGUCCUGCAUAUUUAGCAAUUGCCACUGCUGCUUUUAUCAAAAAUCGAUUAUUAACGUUUGAUCAAAUCCUAAGCACGGAUACUAGGUUGUCGUUCUUUACAUCUUAUGAGCAUUAUGCCGAUUUAGUAGAAUCACUAUGCGAGCUAAUCGUGGAACAUCAUAAUACGACUAUCUCAACAACAGUCCUUCAAGAUUCAGAUAGUAACAAUUAUUCUAAUCCAAGAACAUUUUAUGAGGGCAAAAGAUGUUCUUUCUCAAUUCAAAUGUGGAACUACUACUUGCAUAGUAUUAGACAUGAUCUGUGGCAAUAUUGUCCUUUAAAACAAGCACAAAGAAUUUUUAUAUCUGUGUUGGAAAAUUCAUUAUUGACACUUUCUUUCCGUUAUGGUCAAAUUAAGCCGUCAUUAAGGCGCUUAUGCCAAUUCAGAGCCGAUAUUAACGCAAUUAUAUUAAUUUCCUUAUCUUUCAUUUGGUUUACUGGACAAACUGUGAAUUCAUUAGUAAAUCCAGAUUUUCAUGCACUAUCUACAGCUGAUUUCAAUCCACAAUCGGAAAUUCCAAAAAUAUAUAACUAUUGCAACUUAUUGCUAAUGAUUGUUGUGGCUGAAUCUUGUCCAAUUGACGUUUACCCAAAGGCAAUAUCACGAUUCCAGGAUGGCUCUAAAAUCUCUGGUUCUAAUAACAUUUGUGGAACAUUUUGGCUAAGCAAUUACUUACCAGAUAUGUUCAGCUCGAUUGAAUUGAGUGAUAUACCACCACAAGUAUCAUUGAAGAUUGCAAUCAAGUUAUUGCGCCAUCGAACUGGUAUUGACCUGAAACUAAUAUUACAGAUUUUACUAUCAAAUAAAUUUUCCGCUUUGAAGCUAAUUAUAACUGAAACAGAUACCGCUGAACUAUAUAAAUCUGCGAUAGAAUUCACACCUCACCAUGAUGAUACGGACGAUGCAAUGUCGGAAAGCAGUGAUAUGUCCGUUGAACCUUCAAAUGAUUUACAAGAUUCCUUUAUUGAUUGUUUACUAUCUGUGCUAAUUAUAUUGGACAGUCAUUGUCGUAGCCGGGCAGUUCAUGAAGUAUUGACUCGCAUUGUUGAAAAGGAAUACACUGGCUGCGAAGCGUUAACGAUUUUCUUAGCCAAUGGUUGUUUAAAUUUGGUCCUCUUGGAAUCGCUUCAUAUAGCACUAAGAAGUUUAGCAGAUAACCUACCCAGUAUGCCAGUUAAUAUUCUUGAAUUUCAAGCAUUCCUGAAAGGUUACUAUCAACAGUUUCAAAAUGAUCAGCAAUUAGUGGAAAAUGAUAAACUUGGAUUAAAGGUUAUUAGAUACUGCAUUCACAAUUUCUUAAUGCAAUUUGCGGUGGAUAACCCUAAGUUUGAUGAUACUAAAUGUCAACUGUUUGCAAGCUGCUUCUUGCAUAUCCUCAAUUUCAAUAACCAAGAUAUGGUAAAUCGCACCCUAGCUGUUGAGUUCCCGUACAUCGAUCUUAACCUACAAACGUUAGAAGAAGAUAUAAUCAGAAUUAAGAACUUCUUCGAUGGCAAAGUUAAAUCGGAAAAAGUCUAUGACAUCGGUAAUAACUUUCAAGAUGAUUUAUUCCUUGCAUCCAUCAUUGAAUCGAUAGAUUUCGAUGUCACAGUGGUCACUCAAAUACGAACUGUUCAUGAGUUCUUAAUAUCCAAACUGGAAAUGCUAGAGAAUAAAUUGCAAAUGAAAUCGGAGGACAGUAAUUCCGAGUUUUACGAGCAUCUAUCGGAACGCUUUAACCCAUUCUUUUAUUAUGAUCAUAUUAAAGAUUGGGGUAAAUUCAAUUACAACAAACUUACUAAUUACAAGCACGAUUGGGAAACUUUAUUACAGUACGUAUUCCAUCUUCCCCAUAACACAAUCAAAAAAUUGCUGUCUGCACGACCAGAAUUAGAAGAAGAUAGCCUGGAUGACGAUGGGAAAAUGGCUUGCAAAACUAUUAGAGAAUUUUUAACUACCUUAAGCCAAGAUAGUGACCGUAGUAAACACAACAAGAAGAAAUGA